GCGCGAAACACUUAUUUGUUGUUUCCGAUACCAGAAAGAAAAUAAAAAUAUUGUGUUUUCCGCGUGUGCCGAAAGGAAGUUGUUAAUGCCCGGUGUAGCAGAAGCAGCAUGAUGUACGAUCAGCAGAUCGACGAGAGAGGCUACCUGGUUUACCGGAACCGGUACAACGGCAAGACGGAGCAGGACAACCCGAACCUGCUGUUCAUUUUACUGACAAUCAACGAAAAGUAUGCUGGCGCCCGCUACAGCACGUACCGUUGCGCUGGGAAGCUGCACGCCCUCCAGAAAGCCCUGCACACAUCGUACAUUCCGUUCGAGAUGGUGCACUCGAUCCUGAACCGCCACCAACUGAACCUGAUCGACAGUGCGCCGUCGAUCAAGCCGGGCCAGCUGGCGAGCGUGGUGCACGACGUUUACUUUGCGGCCGCCCGGAUGGGCUACUUCGACGAGCUGCCGGCCCGCCCGAACCUGGACGCGGCCAGCGCCCUGCUGGCCGGUUUCCUCUGGGCUGUGUUCGACCCGAAGCGCACCACGCCCGUGUCGGUGCUCGAGCUGCGGCAAGCGUUUCUGCUGCUGUGCGAUCACGCCACCCACGGCCAGCUGGUGUGGGAGCACUUCCGACUGACCAGCGACCACAACCUGUGCGUGUCGCGGCACCGGUUCGAGGCGAUGCUGACCGUCCUGUCCAAGGUGCUGACGUUUCUCGGCGAGCCGGACCACCUCAGGCCGUCGAUGGUGCAGCAAAUCACCGGCGAAUGUUUCGCCAACUACCCGGGGCUGGUCGGGCUGACCGAGUAUCAGUUUUGCUGCCUGUGGAAGCUCUCCUCGCUCUUCUCGUACUACGCGAACGUGGUCACGCUCUGCAAGCGGCUGCACGACACGGAACACAUCACCCACGGCAUGCCGUGCUACGGCUGCCGGGCCCCGAUUCGGGGCCUGCGCUUCAAGUGCCAGCGCUGCCGGCACGUGUCUCUCUGUCUCGAUUGCUUCACCGCCGGCUAUAGCAGCAAGCGGCACAGCAUGGCGCACAAGAUGUACGAAAUCAGUGCCGGCGAGGGCGAGACCGGUUCGCGCUGCACCGCUUGGGCAGGCAAGGUGUGGCGCUGGUUGCGGGUGACGGCGACGGGAGGGGCCAGUGGGGCCGCUACUGGCAGCCGUGCGGCGGCGGCCGGCGGUGGCAACGAUGGCCUGCCUAGUGCGCCCUCGGCGUACGAGAAUCUGGAAGCGAAGCUGAUCGACACGAAGGCGGUCGAUCUGGGGCAGAGCGAGGAAGCGCUGGCCGGUGAGCUGGAUGCGGGCGGCGAGCGGCGCGGUACGGCGCAGCGCCGUGAGUCAACGAUUAGCAGCACGCUCAAGCGCAACAUGAGCCUGUUCAGCAGCGUGGAGUACGGGGCGUUUAACAAUACGCAGCAGAAGAAUGUGCUGGCGCGGUUCGCGGCCACGCUGGAGACGCUCGAAGAGCGGCACGAAGCGACCCGAACCAGGCUGGCCAAACGAGGGGAGGAGGGCGGUUCGCCGACGGCCGAUGAACUGCGCGCCCUGUUCGAGCAGUACGUGGCACAGGUGGCGGAGGGUUUGGCACAGCUGAAGGAUAUCGGGGCGCAGCUAGGGCAGGGGCUACCCCAGUGCUCCAGCACACCGUACCGCCAGGCAGCGUCACUAACGGCCGAUUGUUCCAGUGAGGUGGCGAGAGAAAAAUCGAUGGUACGCUCGCGGAUAAUGGAAAAGACGGAACUGUCCGUGCGGGACAUCAGCACCUGGUUCCACAUCGAGCUCGACCGUGCCCAGGCCAGCGAAAUGGACCCGAAAGAACCCCUGUCGGACGAGCGGCCGCCACCACCAAAGCGGGACGAGCUUUCCUGCCGCAUCGAUCGGCUCAAGAUGGACACGCAGAUGGCCAACUUCCGGGACCUGCUGCUGAAGGUGCGCGAAAUCGUGGACGACUCGUACAGCGACAACACCGAGCUGGCCCGCUCGACGCAGCAGAUCGAGAAGGCGCUCGACCGCAUCAUCGCCGAGGAGGAGCAGAAACGGCAGUCCCAGCCGUCACCUCCGUCGCCACCGUCAUCAGCGCUGUCCUUGCUUCCGGUCGUCUAAAAAAGAAAGGCUCAC